CUCUGAAAGUGUAGAGCUCAUUGUCGACUCUGUCAACAUGUUGCUCUCUGCGUUGCUGUUGCUCCUGGUUUGCGGGUCACAAGCCGACAAUUACUACGGCACCGUGAUGACCUACUACCCAAAGGACAUGACGACCAAUGGAUCUCUCUUGGUGAAUGUUCGCUACAAGCUGAGCUUCGCCGCUUGCGCAGCCAACGACACGUGGAGUUGCAGCGGCAACUGUGGAAGUGAGACGGCGGAUGUUGAGCUGAGCGUGGUGGAGGAAAGCCCAGGGGAAUGGUGCCAGAGAGAAGGCGUCGCGACCCGCCUGGUGUCUGGCACCGCUCCGUUUCAGCUUUCGUUGGAUGGUGGAAACUGGAUAACUGGAAUCAUAAACAGCAUCGUGUCCUGGAGAGCCGUGACCGACGUAGAGCUGAGUUUCCGGUCUGAUAGCAACCAAAUCAACACCUCGCCAGUGACCACCAUCCUCCCAGCUCUGAGGAUUCCUUCAAACUGUCCGAGAAACGUCAGCUUGUUGGCGUUCGACCCCGAUGGAGACGAGGUCAAAUGCAGAAAUGGGAUGACAUCAGCUUCAGAGUGCAACCCGUGCACACCUCCGUCCGUCCUCAACCUCUCAUCUUCUUGCACUCUGUCAUUCAGUCCAACAAACAGCAGCAACGAAGGGCCGUACGCAGUGCAGCUGGUGAUGGAAGACUUCCCCAGGCAGAACAUAAAUCUGGUUCAACCCGACGGCUCCUCGGUGCCGAAGACGACCAACGAAGCCAUCAGCAAGAUUCCAGUCCAGUUCGUUUUGAAAGUGGAUCCUGCUGUGCCGUCCUGCUCCGAAGGAGUCUAUCUGCCCAGAUUCCUUUCUCCAACUCCGGACCACGGAGCCCAGAUCCUCACCAAUGUCAAUCAAGCAGUAGAAAUCAACAUUAGAGCAGAGGCCACUCAAUCCACGAUCUCUGGUCUCCUGUUCAGCGGUCCCCAUAAUGUGGUGAAAAACUCACAGGCAUUGGGAAACUUCACCUUGACAUGGACGCCAUCUAAUUUUGAAAGCAGAGAAAGCCAUCCCAUCUGCUUUGUUGUCCAGUCGAGCUUGGCUUCAUCCGUGUAUCAGUCUGACCUUAGAUGCGUCACUGUAAAAGUUGGAAAUUCCGUCCCAACAACUACCAUGCCACCCAUGCCAACAACAACCACCUAUCCAGAAACUACCAUGCCACCCAUGCCAACAACAACCACCUAUCCAGAAACUACCAUGCCACCCAUGCCACCAACAACCACCUAUCCAGAAACUACCAUGCCACCCAUGCCAACAACAACCACCUAUCCAGAAACUACCAUGCCACCCAUGCCAACAACAACCACCUAUCCAGAAACUACCAUGCCACCAACAACCACCUAUCCAGAAACUACCAUGCCAACAACAACCACCUAUCCAGAAACUACCAUGCCACCCAUGCCACCAACAACCACCUAUCCAGAAACUACCAUGCCACCCAUGCCACCAACAACCACCUAUCCAGAAACUACCAUGCCACCCAUGCCACCAACAACCACCUAUCCAGAAACUACCAUGCCACCCAUGCCAACAACAACCACCUAUCCAGAAACUACCAUGCCACCCAUGCCAACAACAACAACCUAUCCAGAAACUACCAUGCCACCCAUGCCAACAACAACCACCUAUCCAGAAACUACCAUGCCACCAACAACCACCUAUCCAGAAACUACCAUGCCACCAACAACCACCUAUCCAGAAACUACCAUGCCAACAACAACCACCUAUCCAGAAACUACCAUGCCAACAACAACCACCUAUCCAGAAACUACCAUGCCACCCAUGCCAACAACAACCACCUAUCCAGAAACUACCAUGCCACCCAUGCCAACAACAACCACCUAUCCAGAAACUACCUUGCCACCCAUGCCAACAACAACCACCUACCCAGAAACUACCAUGCGACCCAGGCCAACAACAACCAUCCAACUCCCAACUACAACUGUUGUUUUCCCAACAACUGUUCCGACAACAACCCACAUUCCAACUACAACUACAGCCGCACCAACAGCUCCAACUACAACUACAGUUGUCUUCGGAACAGUCCCACCAGUCAUGCCACCACCAACUCAGACCAGUGCGCCAACAACUCCGCCGCCUACAAGCACAUCGGAUCCAGGACCAUAUUAUGUUAUGGCUUUGAAUGCAAAGAUCUCAACGACACUUUCACUGGAGAAUGACUACAACACAAUCAUCCAACUGAUUAAGAAUGAACUGACUGAUAAAGGAUUACCACAAAACAUAAUCGUAACCAUCCGGAGAAAAGGUGCACUGGAAAUGACAACAGCUGCCCCCUAGUGGCUAAAAGUCAGAAUGUUACUGAACUCUGUGGAAAAAUGAAAUGGGUUUCCAGAUGUUUUUAUUCAGCUUCACUGUUUCAUCUCCUGUCUGUAUAUUGUUGACUAUAUUUUAUUUGAUGUCUAUACAUGCAUUUAACUGGUUUAUUUAUAAAUCACAUGUGAAAAUAAUGUGGAUAAUUCAAUUUUAUUUCUGGUUGUCGAAUAAAUUUUCGUGUGGAUUCCUUGAAGUUGUCAUAUGAACAGCUUUUUUACUGAACGUUAGAAAGUUGGUGGUUUAAAUGGUUUUUGUCAUCUGUUUUUUUGUUCUCUGUUGGAACCUGGAACAAUUUUUUAUAUUUCUAAAGAAUGCAUGUAAACGUCUCUCAUGAUGUAAAUAAAUUCAAGACAACUACUUAUGAGCUAAAUGUUUAGAUGUGCCAGAAUAAUAAAAAAAUGUUACAUUUUAAUGUCUUUACCUUGAUUUUGUUUCUUAUGUGACAUUUUAAUGCAUAAUUCAGCCUUGGUAAUAGCAGCCAUUUAGAGCAAUCAGAUGAUUACAGAAUAUGCUGGAUAACCACAAGUUUGCAUAGAUUUAUAUUCUUCUGUGUAUAUUGUCCAUUCAAGAUAUUUUGGAAAAAAUAUUUUUCAUGUUAACUGAGCAGCUGAACAGACUGGAAAUCAAAUGUUGUAACUUUUUACUGACGCUGAAAUAGUUUUUCACGUAAAUGUAUUUCUUUGUAAAUGGAAAAUGU